GCAACCCCCAGUUUCCCUUUCUUCAAGCAAGCACGAUUUAAGUGCUGAAACAUUUCAGUCCCUCCGAUCUUCAGAAGCAAUUCAAUCAUGGUCGCAGUAAGUGUAAAAUGGCAAAAGGAGGUGUAUUCAAACGUUGAAAUUGACACUAGCCAGCCUCCAUAUGUUUUCAAGUGCCAGUUGUAUGAUCUCACAGGAGUCCCUCCCGAGAGGCAGAAGAUUAUGGUCAAAGGUGGUUUAUUGAAGGAUGAUGCUGAUUGGUCAACUGUUGGAGUAAAACAGGGUCAAAAACUGAUGAUGAUGGGAACUGCAGAUGAGAUUGUGAAGGCCCCUGAGAAGGGCCCUGUAUUUGUAGAAGAUCUUCCUGAAGAAGAGCAAGUUGUAGCUUUGGGUCAUAGUGCUGGCCUAAUUAACCUGGGAAAUACCUGCUACAUGAACUCUACGGUACAAUGCCUGCAUUCAGUUCCAGAGUUGAAAUCUGCUUUACUUAGGUAUCCACAUUCUGGAAGAAGCAACGAGUUAGAUCAGACUUCUCAUAUGUUGACAGCUGCAACACGUGAUUUGUUUGGUGAACUAGAUAAAAGUGUCAAACCUGUGGCACCUAUGCAGUUUUGGAUGGUGUUGCGCAAAAAGUAUCCUCAAUUUGGCCAAUUGCACAAUGGUGGCUUCAUGCAACAGGAUGCUGAAGAAUGUUGGACGCAACUGUUAUACACCCUUUCUCAGUCUCUUAGAUCUCCAGGUUCCAGUGAAAAUCCUGAUACUGUGAAGGCUCUCUUUGGUAUAGAAUUUGUAAGCAGGACACAUUGCCAAGAAAGUGGUGAAGAAAGCUCUGAGACUGAAUCAGUUUAUUCUCUUAAAUGCCACAUUUCACAAGAGGUGAACCACUUACAUGAAGGACUAAAGCAUGGUUUGAAAUCAGAAUUGGAGAAGGCUUCACCUGCUCUAGGCCGCAGUGCCAUUUACUUGAAAGAGUCACGUAUAAGUGGCUUGCCAAGGUACUUGACCAUCCAGUUUGUCCGUUUCUUCUGGAAGAGGGAAUCAAAUCAGAAGGCAAAGAUAUUACGGAAAGUGGAUUUUCCGCUUGAGCUGGAUGUUUAUGAUCUGUGUUCUGAUGAUCUUCGCAAAAACCUCGAAACUCCUCGCCAGAUUCUAAGAGAUGAGGAAGGUAAGAAGCUCGGUCUAAAAGCAAAUGAGAAGAGCUCUGGUUCUAAAGACAGUGAUGUCAAGAUGACUGAUGGAGAGGGAUCAUCAACUGCAAGUGGAGAAGCAUCCGCAACUACAUCCCAAGAAGGCAAUCCAUCUGCCAAGCAAACUCAUUUAACUGGAAUUUAUGAUUUGGUUGCCGUGCUAACCCACAAAGGUAGAAGUGCCGAUUCAGGGCAUUAUGUUGCUUGGGUGAAGCAAGAAAAUGGGAAAUGGAUUGAAUUCGAUGACGAUAACCCUACUCCCCAGCGGGAGGAAGACAUUACCAGACUGUCGGGGGGAGGCGAUUGGCACAUGGCGUACAUUUGCAUGUACAUGGCACGCACUAUUACCAUGUAAAAUCAGCUUCAAUGAGGGUGUCUCACUUGAUUUUUCAUUGCAAGAGGAUCCUGUUGGCAGAUUGAGAGUUGUGAUCUUACAUUAUUUACAGAACUGUAAUGUUAUCUUAAAAAGAUGUACUCGUGUUUAGAAACCUGGGUUCUAGGCUUGCAUUUGAGUCAAUAUUUCCGACGGAAAUGAUCACAUUUCUUCCUGAGAACUCGCAUGUAGUGGUUUGUAGUUGUGUGUGGAUCAAAUUUUUUUUUCAAAUUCUAGAAAUCUGA